GCGUCUGCGGUACGGCGACGGCGAGCAUCGUUUUGGCGUACACCGAAACCCGACGCGCGCCCGAUUCCCAUUUGGAGUCCGGCGUGUGCGGAGGCGGAUGAACGGGGGGAUGCAGGACGCAAGCGCGCGCUGAGAUCCGUCAACGUGCGCGCGAGCGGGGUUCACGUCGCCUUUAAGACCGGUGGCGGCGGGAGCCGCGAUUCUUCCCAUCAGUUUGCCGUAGACCCGCAUCCGCAACUUUUCGCCCGCAAGUACCCUGGUUACCGUAUAUCGUUGGAAUACCUUUUCUCUCUUUCUCUGUCUCGUAUCCUCGCGGACAAGUCGCGGUCGAGCAAUACGCCACCGAAAAGUAUGCACAUCGCGAGCCGAUCGAUAAAAAAGUUACGAACACGUGGGUAAUGGAGAUCGUCGCCAGGUGAUUGUGAAGGUUGAUGUCGACUCGAUUGUCGGCGGUUUGGUGAUGUCAUAGCGCAUCUACGUGUUUACCUUGCUGCGAGGGAUGCAACGGAUUGUGAUUGGCGAACUGUGAUGAACUGCGGGAAUUUAUCUCGCCCGAUUGCACCGGUGAUCCAAUUGAUUUUGUUUCCGUGUAGGCGGUGGCGCAAGGACUCGACAGCGGAAUAAUUUCGGUGAGUUCCGAGCUUCGAUUACCCGUGCACCCGUGAAUCUGAUUUCUCCUACCCUCUCUGUUUUGCAUCUUUUUUCUUUUUUUCUAUUUGUGUCCGUUGUGCACGAUGAAAACACGGCAAGUGGCACAUGCCAGUCAAGUAGCAUCGAAAGACCGCGCGACUCGUCGGGACUUUUUGUGAUCUGCGAGUCCACAUUAAUUAGCGCAGUUUCGAUUGUCACGAUAAUGUAACUUUCGGCGAAACGUCAACGAUAACAAUUGACAAGGGUUUUAAUCCCCGGGUAUGGAAGUAUUAAUCGGGAUUUACCGGGGCUGUUAUUAUUUUUUUUAUUUCGCCAAUCCGGAUUAUAUCGAGAUAAAAUGGAGGUUCACGCUGAUAUAACUUAUCACGUCGUGUCGGUUUUCGAUAACUCUAAAAAUAUCACGCAGUGUCGAAGAGAGAAGGAGAGAGAGAGAGAGAGAGAGAGAGAGAAAUCGCGUUACAUAUAAAAAAACACGUAAUGAAAUCUGAACGCAGUUCCUCAUUGAUAUUCAGUCGAAUACGUAUUUUUUUUUUUAUAGGAAGUAGUCAUUCAUCCUGCUAUUUUCAACAGUCCCUACGGAUCUCCUCGAGAGAAAAAUUUGUUCGCAACAAAGCGGAAAGUGUCAGCUAUAACCGGCGAUUAUUAAUAUUCACUUGGUUCAAGGAUAAGAUACAUUUCGUAUGUUCGACGGAGGUUCUUUCCGCUCACGUAGCCGAGCGGUGAGAUACGUAAGCCAAGGCUGAGUCCCUUCCUCUGGGUCUGAACGGACCGUUCAGAAUGGAUUCCGCGACAAUGAAGAUGGGUGCGAACGACGUCGCGUCAAUGACCGCGUCGACGGCGGCCGCGACGUCGCCGAAGAUUGAGUUAGCCUAUGACAACGACUCGUUCUCGUCGAUCUCCUACAAUGGCAGCAUUGAACUGGAUCCGUGGGAUCUCUACAACAAGUUAAACGGGGAGGCCAAUUACCUGCUGAUCAUCCUCUACGUGCCGGUAAUCGCGAUCGCCGUCACGGCCAACAUACUUGUGAUCGCGGUGGUCUUCAAGUACCAUUACAUGAGAAGCGUGACCAAUUACUUCGUGGUGAAUCUGUCCGUCGCCGACCUGCUAGUCACCACAAUAUGCAUGCCGGUGGCCGUCAGCCAAGCAAAGUCGAUGUUGUGGAGUCACGGUGAACUCAUGUGUAAACUCUCUUCUUAUCUGCAGGGUGUCGCCGUUGCCGCCUCGGUGUUCACCAUCACGGCGAUGAGCAUCGACAGGUACCUCGCGAUAAGGAGUCCCAUGGCGUUCCGUCGUGUAUUCAAUCGCAAGAGCACCGUGCUCGUUAUCGUCGCUCUCUGGCUAGUGGCUCUGGGUAUCUUUGUGCCCGUCCUCAAAGGGAUGAACCUUCAUAAUCCGAGCACGGAACUGGACACCAUCACUUUCCAAGGCGGCUGGACAAUAAGAAGGAAUUUUUCCCACACCUCGCGCACUUCGCACAUGCCGCCGGUCUUCUACUUCUGCUCGGAGGACUUCGAGGACUUAGGCAUCCAGCAUCCGCAUCUCGUCGGCACCGUGUAUUUCGUCCUUGUUUACGCCGUACCGGGGCUCAUCGUGAUACUGGCCUACUCGAUGAUGGGUCGCACCCUGUGUUCCAGAAAACCACCCUUCGACUGCGACAGCGUCGAGGGAAGUGCCAGCUCGCAGCAGAGCUUCAGAUUGGUACGUGAGAGAAGGCGAAUCGCUUGGAUAUUGCUGCUCCUCGCUGUGUUGUUCGCUCUAUGCUGGCUGCCGUACAACGUGCUUAGAUUGCUGGUCGAUUUCGGUGCCAUCGAAGAAGGGAAACUGACUACGGUGCUGAGCUACUGCUUGUUCCUGGGACACGCGAACAGCGCCCUGAAUCCCGUGGUGUACUGCUUCAUGACGCGGAAUUUCCGUCGCAGCGUCUCCGAGAUCCUGUGCCGCGGCUCCCGUGGUCUGGCGCGUCGUAAACCCCACCGCAAAAGCGCGAUGAUCGAUGACGCUUGUGGCGGUUGUAGCGUGCCGGGCACGCGUCGCGGCUUGUUGCGCCAACGAAACAUGCUACCCGGCUGCGGCUGCGGCAUCCCCAUGGGCGGCCACCACGCCGUUCUCGCGCUGCGACGCACCGCGACGUCGAGCAGCGGCUACGACAGCUUCUACAGCCGGCACAGUCCGCACCGUCGCUGCUACAUGCUGAGGAGCAUCCGCGACGUGCCGCAGGCGGCACCAGUCGCCGGUCCACCGGCGAACGUCGCCAAUAGCGAUCGCGAACAGCCGGAGAAGAACAACAGGCUCGAGAGCAGCCAGCAGCGACAGAGCACCCUGUGCACCACGGAUGAGCAACGGCGUUGUCCUUGAACCCCGGGACGACUCGAACGGCUAUUCCUUGUUGCACGAUGCGCGAGCGUGUUUCUACCGUGCGACUGUAAUCACGAGAUGUCUGUAUAGCCGGAUACUUUUAGGAGACAUUUGAAUUAUCAUACGAUAAGAAUCACAUUUUUACCGAUGCUAGUCAGAUUUGCCUUACGACGGUCAGAUACACCCGGCUGAGAUGGACUUCGGGCUCGCGGCGUAGCCGUAGGCUCUACGGCUGACUCUCGCCGAACUCCGAUUAAGCUGAACGUCGAACAAUAAUAGGAAUUGCCACCUGUCAAUUUACUUAUUUAUUAUAUAAAAAUAAUAAAAAUGUAAUAAUACAGUAUUACUUACAGAGAGACGCGAGAGGCCAGAAAAAAGGAUUUAUAUUUCUAUGAGCGGAGAAUUUGGUUUGUUUCUGAGCCAAUUUCCAGUUCUGCAACUUGUCGUUGAACGGUAAUCGGAAAGUUCGUCAUUUUUAUCUGCAUUAGCAAUAUAGUGGGUAAUGCUUAACUGACAGCAAUUUUUAAUCGUCGAUUAGCUUAAUCGGACUUGGAUGAAAGUCACCUUAAGCGUGAAAUCCGUGUCAAGUUAGAGAUAGGAUUCACUGAACUCUUCAAGCCGCUCUAACUGUAGCCCUGCAAACAAAGCCCAGUAGAGCCUUAUCCGGUCCAAUUCACUGUCAAAUAUAACACGGCUGGAUCUGUAUCCGCUUUGGUAACUUCAGACCCGAGCUUGGUCCGGAUCAUCUGGUUAACGAGAAACCAAUACUUGAUAAGUAAAAAAUCGAGCCCUAUUGGGCUCUGAUUUUCAGGGCUUUAAUUCUAAUUACGUAAUGACGUCAUUAACAUGUUGAUUAUCACGCUGUUAUCUAUUUCUAUAUUGAUUAUUUCAAUUUUCAACUCUUCAAAUAAUUUUCAAAUUAUUUUAAAUUACUCAUUUCCGCUGAUUAUUUCAGUGCUCAAAGAUUGAAUUAUCGAGGAUAUAAUAAAACAAAUCAAUAGGUAUGUAAAUAGAUAAAUAGAUAUGGUAAAUACAAUUUACGAUACAUACACCCGCUAAUUAGAUUUAUUGGCUCACAAUUAGCUGUAUAUUUAAUUUGUUACGUGCACUUGUAGUUACGUUUUACGUAAAUUACGUAAAAACGUGGCAAUACCCGCAACACCGGUGAUUCUCGUGGCAGUUAACAUGUUAAUCCCGUGUGUGUAAAACCGGCUUUGAAGCCUACAAAGCCUCUGGUGGAUUGCGCUCCGACUAUCGGAAAUUGAAGAUUGCGGAUUGAAGAUCAGAGCUCGGCUUGGCCGGGACAAAGUGAAAGCCAAGAAUCAACCAGUUGAUUCAUCGAAUUCCAAUCUCUAGUCCGCGAACCUCAAUCUCCAAUAUCCUCUAGUCCGGUACCAAAAGCUUUGCAAUUGUCUCCGUUUGUCAAUCGGUCCAGAAAUAAUCCCAGUGGAGGGCGGUGCUCUCGGCUCUCUCACACCGCUGGAUAUAUCGCGACGGUUUAAACGGGGAACGUGUAAAUGAGUAGCGAAUAAACUUCCUGCCCAUGAGUCCAAAGUCCCGUCAGUUCGAAAGUACUUAACGCUCCCCGCGGAACCGGAGCGUUAUAUCGCGCUCGAAAGCCGACGUGUGUCCGAGGCAAAUCCUAUUUGUGAAAGUGCUCGCACUUUUACCGGCGAUCUAUUUAUCUCCCGGAAGAAUUCCUGUAUGUUUGAACGAUCGCGGUGGCUGCGAACAGUGGACCGGAAACUAGUCAAAUGUUGUGCGCGUAACGAAUGUAAGCAAAAAAAAAUCAAAAGUAAAAAAACGCGCCUCUCCAUAUCGGCGCUUAUUGAAGUUCCAUUUAUGAAAGUGGUGGCGCGCGAGAACGCGUUUCGGAGAGCUGCCAGCUGUAAGAUUUCAGACGGGACCAAAGCGGGAAUUCGAGAGUUGACUGCCGAUUUAAGCGGGUCCUUCCGUUUCUUUGACUUCUCGUCCGCCGCUACUGCGUCGCUACAGAGGAAAAGAAUUUUUUAGAUUUAAUAAAAUUUCUUUAAUUGAGACAAAUUUGUCUUUUGGAACGGGGCGAACAAACGA